AUGUCUGCACCAAAACUGUAUGCAUCGCAUGUUCCGCUUGCACCACUUUCUCGUCUAUUUCUUGGAAUAGGCUCUGCCGUCACAGCAAUUACAGAUCCUCGAAGGGGUGAUAUGGUGGCGGCGAUGGGAGAAACGACUGCGAUUGGACCUGUUUUAGAAAAUAUUAGGAAAAGAAUGGAUUCUGAUAUUGUGGGAAAACGGCUUCUCGAAGAGAAACCUCGAAUUUCGAACGAGACCAUCGAUAGAAAAUGGCUGGCCGAUCUUCCAGAGGGCACGUUGGGCAAACAUUACUCAAAUUUCCUCGAUCGUUUGAACACUUCACCUGAUGCUCGACCAGCUGUGAAGUACAUUAAUGAUUUAGAUCAUUUGUAUGUUAUGCAAAGAUAUCGUGAAACUCAUGAUUUCACUCAUAUCGCCCUUGAACAAAAAACAAAUAUGUUGGGGGAAGUAACUGUGAAAUACUUCGAAGGCAUUCAAUACGGUCUGCCCAUGUGUGUUUCCGGAGGAAUUUUCGGCGGAGCGAGACUACUCAGAAAACAUCGCCAGGAAUUGAUAGAUAAAUAUCUUCCAUGGGUUGUAGAACAGGCAAGCAAUGCACGCUUCUUCAUGGCUUUUGACUGGGAGAAUCACUUUGAAAAACAAUUGUCGGAGGUGCAAAAAGAGCUCAACGUCGCGAGAAUGAAAAAGCAACAAGACGAGUUAACUGGUUUCGCUGAAAAUAUUGAUGACCUUGCAAACCGACUAAAAAAUGCACUAAACAAGCUUGAGGAAAGAAAAGCCGAGUCCCCAGAUGCGCCGGGAAAUCAACUUGGGAAUUCUCAACAAGAAAAACAACCUACUCCAUACCGAGAAAAAAUCGGAAAACUGAGUGGUGAAGUCGUGGACUCGAAUCCUUAUAGUCGUCUCAUGGCCCUUCAACGAAUGGGAAUUGUUCAGGAUUACGAAAUAAUUCGAGAGAAGACUGUUGCCGUCGUUGGAGUUGGAGGUGUAGGGAGCGUUGUGGCAGAAAUGCUCACUCGGUGUGGGAUAGGGAAGCUGAUUCUAUUCGAUUAUGACAAGGUUGAAAUCGCCAAUAUGAACCGUCUCUUCUAUCAACCGAAUCAGGCGGGUCUUAGUAAAGUCGAAGCAGCAAGAGAUACACUAAUUCAUGUCAAUCCGGAUGUUGAAAUUGAAGUUCACAAUUUCAAUAUUACAACUGUUGACAACUUUGAUACGUUUGUGCAGAGAAUCAGACAAGGAUCGCUGACAAAUUCAAGAGUAGACUUGGUCCUCAGCUGUGUAGAUAACUUCGAAGCUCGUAUGGCUGUCAACAUGGCUUGUAACGAAGAGAAUCAAAUUUGGAUGGAAUCUGGUGUUAGCGAAAAUGCCGUUUCUGGUCACAUUCAAUACAUUGAACCUGGAAAAACAGCAUGCUUUGCUUGCGUUCCACCACUCGUCGUGGCUUCGAAUAUCGAUGAGCGUACCCUCAAGCGAGAUGGCGUCUGUGCAGCUUCCUUACCAACAACAAUGGCUGUUGUAGCCGGAUUUCUCGUUAUGAAUACUUUGAAGUACCUUCUAAACUUUGGAGAGGUUUCCCACUACGUCGGGUACAAUGCAUUGGCCGAUUUCUUCCCAAGAGAAAGUAUUAAACCCAAUCCAUUUUGUGACGAUAACCACUGCCUAAUCAGACAGAAGGAAUAUGAAGCGAGAAAAGCAUCGGAAACUAUUGAUUUGGAAAUCCAAGAGCCAGAAGAAGAACCUGUUGUCCACGAAGAAAACGAAUGGGGGAUCGAAUUAGUUGAUGAGUCGGAACCAGUUCUUUCGUCUGAAUCGCCCAAUAACUCUGGUGUGGCUGAAGGCCUGAAGUUCGCUUACGAGCCCGCCAAAAAAGAUAAUGUGAGCGGAGACUUGUCGCCAGCUCAAGCUGCAACUCACGAUCUUAUGCAAUCGAUCAAGGAUAAGCUGGUUCAAGAAGCACAGAAAAAAUGA